AUGGUGUGGGGGUGGGUCCUCCGCUGGCUACACCCUCGCGGCGGCAGAGAGGCAAAUAAUGCGCAGGAAGACACUCUGACGAAUGAGACCCUGAUGGAGUCGAAGCGGGAGCUGAACCGUCUUGAAAACGACAUUGUGGCUAUCACAGGGGCCCUCUGUCGGUGUGAGGAGAUGCUGACUUUCCUCUUCCGCAAAGAGGUGCAGCUACGGGAGGGGUUUGAGGCAAUCUUGAUGGAGAUGCAUGACACUGUCUCAGGGGAGUGGGAGGAAACGAUCAAGAAGAACAUGGACAAUAUUGGCUCUCUCCAGCAGUUGCUCAGACACAUCCAGCAGAAUAGGGAGCAGCUACAGGAUUGGGGAUAUCGACUCCAUGUUAAACUGCAGUACCUCAAGGAGGAGAAAAAGAGUGUCGCUAAAUCGGCAGAUAUAUUGCUGUCGCGUUUGCUAGGCGGUACAAGUUUUCAACAGGUGCCGGUGGCCGAGAAUGAUGACGACGAUGAUGGGGGUUGGAGGCCCGUGGUCGCUCCGCCCCCGGUGAUGGUGCGGUUUGUUGAGGAGUACCGCGACGAAGAAGAAUCGAAAGAAGAGGGGAGAAAACAUCUGCCCUGA